UAACAGCGGUGUCAUCGCGGGACUGCAGCCGAGAAACGUUGACGGAGCGACGGUCGCCAAGAGACUCGUCAGUUUGGUCGGGAAUACAGAAAAUGGACGACAGCCUGGCACGGCGGGAGGCAGGUCGUCCUCCGAGGAGGGUGUCUGCCGCCGCGGAGCAUGGAACUAGCGCUAGCCUGCAAGAUGGCGAGGUGAUCCAUGUAGCCUCCGCCAGAGAAGCUCACCCCGGAGCGGACAGACUCUGUCCACGGAGCGCUGCUGCUGCUGCCGGGAGGAUGGAGAGGAGGAACUUGACACCGCAAGUGGUCUACCAGAGGUAUAUGCCGAUGGAGCCCCUCAAGUUAACCAUACCGAGGAAAACCAGGGAAAAGAGAGCUGUGCUCCACGUUUCCACUGAGUCCCGGGAGUAUGAAGACAUGAUGACCAUCCUGACCUCCAGCUACAUCGACACCAACUCUUCCGGCUGCAUCACCUACAGCAGACCUCGGCUUGUCCACAGUGAGCAGCUGGAAAAAGAGUUUGUGGAGAAGAGGAAGGAGAUGAAGGCAGAAGGGAGGUCUGAAAAGGAGCUGGAGGAGAGCUACUGUUUCCUGCUGACAGAUGCUAUCAAGUCGUUCCAGCUCUGUGAGAAGGGCCUGUUCGUAGGUCAGAGUUGGAUCACACUGCUGGGAAACCCCACUAAAGGAGUGUAUCUUUCCAGGUACUCAGACCUGCUACAGAGUAACGCCUUCACGCCAGGAGCCACAGGGGAGAUCAUCAUCUUCAAAGUGAUGAAGGGAAAAGUGAAGAGCAUCUAUGAAAACAUGAAGAACAUUCUAGAUCCAACGCCUCGCUUCGACAGCCAUAUUUCUAAGAAUGCCAGCAAAGUCACCUCGGUCAGCUCUUACCGCGCCUUUGAGCUCACACAGCAAUACUUCUACGAGUAUUCGUUUGAUGAGCUGCGGGAGCGACCUCGCCAGGUGUGUCCGUACGCCAUCGUCUCCUUCCAGUUUAAUGGAAAAGACUCUCCGCUUCCCAGCAAACCUUUAGCACCCAUGAGGUUGAACAGUCAAUUAGCAGAAGGGAGUAAAGAGCGUGUGCAGUUCACAGUGUGGAGUGGAGAUUUAUUGAAAGAUGACCGGGUUCUCUUCCAGAUCUCGCUUCGCUCCUUCUCUCCUCCCUUCCUACCCCACAGACUACCAGAGAAACUGGAAAUUGGUUAUUUAAUGAGGCUCGACCAGGUGACCAAGCUGCUCCCAGCCGAACUGUUCUCCUACAACCUCUACAACAGCAGUCAAGAAGUCAUGAAUAACGGACAUUGCUGCAGUCUUCUAGAGGUGAUUGACAGGAAUCGGUCUACAACCAGUGUGACAAAACUGCUACAGGAACUAGAGAUGAAGAGAGUGGUUCUGGUGACUCCACUUACUGAGAAAGGCUUUCUUUUCUUGUUGUCCAGUGUUCAGAUGGCCACACCUACUGAGAGAGGAGAGAACUGGAAACGGUGUCUUCAGGCCUUGUUUGUCUUUCCAGAAACUAGAGAUGUGGCCAAAUCCACACCACGGUCUGCCUCCUCGUCCCACGAUGCCUCAGAGCCGUCGAUAUCUGGUGCAACAGUGAUGCCGCAGCUGAACCAGUUUAUCCCAGCGCUGCAUCACUCCCUGGUCAAAGCCCGCGCAAACCCCCCUGCUGAGCUGUCGGCUGGUGUGGAGCGCCAGGCACGGGAAUACCUUGUCGGCCUGAAUGACAGCACUGUUCGACAGUACCCAAUGGGCGAGUAUGACGAGGAGGGACAGGUGUUUCCUGCUCCCAAACAACAUCGAGUGAACAUGGACAGCUACCUGCACUCCUACCUGUACAGUCCUGCCGUCUACCUGCUGUCAGUGGCCCGGGCCAAGCAGAUGGUGGAGGUGCACUGUGGCCCUGAGCAGCCCCAGGAGCUGAAGCCCAGCAAGAGUAUCGCAGGCCAGAGAGAGGCAACGAGCAGCACUGGAGAUGCACAGACCAACUCUCAAAAGAUGCAGCAACUGAUAGAUCUUGUUCUGACUUGUAAGAGCAAUGCAGAAAAUGAGGUGAGGAGGGAGGCAGGAGAGGGGCUGAAGGCGCCAGGGAGGAAGAGGAAGCUGGAACAAGAGACAGCACAGAGGGCGCUUAAAUUCCUGAAAGCAUCACAGGAACCUGAAAGGCACCACAACAUCCCAGCUGAGGGAAGCCAGAUCCCCUCCUCUCCUGUCUCUCUUACGUCUGUGAUUGGCUCAGUGGGAUUGAAGGAUGUUGAUUUGAGAGAAGAUGGAUCGGAACUGCCUGCCAAACUUCUUGGCCUGCUGACAGGCCUCACCCAGGCUGCUGGGGGAAUGGCCAGUCAGAGCUUUUUUGAGACACCAGUGGAGGCGCUGAGGGAGUCCUCUCCAUUUGACAGGCUGGCCACAAAGCUGGGCUUGCCCACCAACUGUGACAUUGAUCUGAGGAAGCAGGAGGAGCUGGAGGAGCAGACGGCGGGCAGCGUCAGUAGUUUGGAGGGAUUCAGUCCCGGCUCACACAGCGGCGAGACGAAUCAUCACGGAGCAGCAGGUCGAGGAGGAGGAGGAGGCGGAGGAGGUGGAGGAGGAGGAGGAGGAGGGCUGUGGAGGAGAACAGGAGGUUUCGAAGAGGAGGAGGAACAGGGGGAGAUCCCAUGGGUCCUCAUCCCCAUAACAGGUCUGUGUUCAGAGAGGUACACCCAGAGAGACAGGAACGUCCCUCAGGACCCUCGCUUCCAGCACCUCGCCACGGCAACAAGCAUCGCCACAACAACCAAACCUCACAGGAACAGCCCCGCCUUGUCCCCUGAGCCCAGCCCUCCUGCCUCUCCUUUCCCCUUACCGUCCCCCGAAGCCAGCCCUGCCCUCUCCCCCACCCAUUGCCCCUCACCUGACCCCAGCCCUCCCAUUUCACCCUCGCAGUGUCCAUCUCCAGUACCAAGUCCCUUUCCUUCCCCGUCUCAGUGCCCAUCUCCAGAGCCCAGUCUCCCUCCUUCCCCUUCCCGAUGCCCAUCUCCAGAGCCCAGUCCUCCCCCAUCUCCCUCCCAGUGCCCGUCCCAAAAGACCCGCCCUCCCCUCUCAUCCUCUUGGUGCCGGUCCCUGGAGCCUGAUAAGCUCAGCCCACUUAUUAAGAGCCAGAGAGGUGCUAACGAGGAGCGGUUAACCCUCAUAGGCUCCAGGGAGUUUACAGGUGGGUCCAGUGACAAAGGAGAGAAACUUCAAGGGAAAGAAAAGAAGACUGGAGAUCCACGUCUUUCUGCAUCCAUCCGUCAAUGUAACCCUCCAGCUCUAGAGCACAGGACUCUCCUACCCCCUGCUGUGCGAGGGAAGGAGGAGGCAGAGCAGAAAACAGGGAAGGUUAAGGAGGCACAGGUAGAACUUCUGGAGAAGGAAAGGAAAGCUCAGCCAGUUGAAAGAGUGUGGAAACAAGGGGAAGCAGAGACGGUGGAAUGUAAGCCAAAUAAGGAGGAGGUGGUGGACAUGAUGCAAGAGCCCUCUAAUGGAAAGGAGCAGAAGGGAAAAUUGAAGGAACUGGCUAGUAGCUCUGUGUUUUCUCCUUCUGUCUCCUCUUCUGGUGUUUGUCCUCACAGAGACAUUGACAGCAUUGUGGACAAACAUAUGGGUGAUUUCUCCUCUGAGAUUCAGCUCCUCCUGCAGGAGGAGAACAUUCAAUACAGCUUCUCUCAGUCCUCACACUCCACUUCAAACGCAGACACCACCACAUCUCAACACACACUCCUGCAAGCCUCAUUAUCUCAGUUUUCACCAUACGUGUCUCUCUUCAACCCUUGUCCCCCCGUCCAUGAGUACUUGAACUCACUACGAGACAGCAUUAACAGGAUGCUAGCAGAGUUUGAUGACAGCUUGCCGAGCCACAAGCCUGGCACCAGCCAGACUAAUUCUGAUGCCACGUUGGCGAACAGCGUUAGUGCUUUUGUGGCCAGUGUCCGAGCAGCUAAUGCUAAAACAGGAAGAGAUGAUGAGGUUCCUACUAGUGGUGAACUGAAUGCUGCUGAUGCCAGUCCCUCUGUCAGUAAAAGUCCUGCGCUCUCCAGAGGAGGCGAACUGUGGCGGCCAGAUGCUACAAACUGCAGGAAUCCCACAACUUCUCAUGCCACUUUAUCCACUCCUACCUCUGCAUCUGCUUCUGCAUACAAGCCUGCCAACACUACUGUCCUCUGCCCUACUAACAAGUCACAACAGUCCCAGUGGAAACCACAGCAAAGUCACACUUUAGAGACCAGGACAGUCACGCAAGACAUCCAGCAAGCACAAGAUAAGGGCAUUGCCAGUACUGUACUUUGUACUGCUGGUGUGGAAGGUGGGAGUACUCUUUCAGGUACAAACUGUGACACAACCCUGCCAGGGUUCAGCAGCGUCUCUCUACAAUUGGCAGAAUCUUCCAACCUGUCUGAGCGGGUCUCCAGCCCGAGCUCUGUUUCCGUCCCUGGGCCCAGUGGGGUCCCUGCUCCCCCGGCUACAGCCCUGAGCUCCCUGAUUGGCCAGCUGCAGCCAGAGGUGUUCAGCAAUCUGGUGAAGAUCAUCAAUGACGUCAAGAAAAACUCUGUACAGUUUUACCUCCACUGCACUGAAACAGGAGACCAGGUCUAUGAAGAUGUCAAGGAACUCCUGUUGAAGCAGGGUAACGUGGAGCAGAGUCCUGUGGCCUUUCUGAACCAAGAAAACUCUGAAGACAGACUGCUGGUCAUCAUCAAGAACAAAGACAUAGCUGGACACGUACACAAGAUCCCAGGCUUGGUGUCUCUGAAGCGACACCCCUCUGUGGUGUUUCUGGGAAUCGAUACGCCAGACGACAUCAGGAACAACAGCUACAAUGAGCUUUUUGUUUCUGGAGGUUGCAUCGUCUCAGAUGACUUUGUGCUCAAUCCAGAUUUCAUCACCCACGAUCAACUGGCCGCACUGCUGAUGUUCCUGGAAAAGCACAGUUCUGGCGAGAGUGUUUGGAGGUGGAAGGUUCACUGCAAAACCCACAAACGACUAAAAGAACAAGCCAGGUUUAGGAACGACGCAGCCAACCUGCUGGACUUGCUGUCAGCCUAUCAGAAGCGUCAAAUUGUAGAGUUCCUCCCGUACCAUCACUGUGACACGAUGAACCAUCAGUCACCCGACCUGGGCUGUCUCAUCGAGCUCCAGGCCCGGUACACACAGUACCGACACACCAUCUUCCUCACGGCGUUCUCCUGUCAGUCUGUGGGUUCUACUCAGUGUUCAUCUCUGUCCUCAGGUCACAGCAGGCAGCUCAAUCAGGGGAGCUCUGUGUCGGGUUCUGAACGUUCUCCCUCCACCUUCCCAGAGCACGUCCACUCCCUGCCCUCUGGCCACCAGCCCCAGCAGGUCCUCCCUCAGCCCGGCUCCAGCCACCCCUCUCUCCCCCACCUCUCCGAUCAGCUCGUCCCAGACGCCUCCUGCAGGGAAGGAGUCCUGCCUCCUUCAGACAAAGACUGCGAGGUUCUCCGACAGGCCAUCUCGCAGUUGCGUGCGGAGCGUCAGGCGCAGCUGCAACAGCUACAACAGCGGAAGCAGCUGCUGGAGCUGCAGGCGGAGUUGAGCAUCAACCCCAUCAAGAGCCUUACUGACACUCCGGCUGGUGCAGGCAGCGAUCACAGCAGCCCUCCUCCCGACGACUCGGUCCAGCUCACUCCUGGCAGGGCGGUGGCAGCCACUCUGGACUUCAUUCACUCUGAGCUGCAGCCAGAGCUGGAGGAGGAGAGGCAGAAGGCUCCCACAGAGGCACCCCGAGCAGAAGCAGAGGCUGCAGAUCAGAGAGGGGGUGCUCUGAGAACGGCGGGAGGAAGCAGCGGUCCCGGUAACACUGACUCGUCUACCCUUCCACCCAAUCACAAGACAGCAGGAGCGAGCAGUCGGACUGACUCAGCCAAUAAGCGGAGAGAUAAAGAAGCAGAACCUGCAGCGACCUGCAGCACCGCAGCUGCUUCUGUAGACGGCGACGGAUCGAGCGGCGCUCCGUCAGGUCGGGAGCAGCCAGUCAGAGCUGAGGAAGCAGCACCGGCCAACAGCACAGCCAGCAGCGCCAAAGUAACUGGGAAUAUCACCGCGGUAACGGACCAGGACGGCAACCCGAGACCUGCUGUGCCCCAACUACAGCAGCAUCCGAAUAAACAGCAGCUGAACCCGGCCCCUCACAGCCAGCAGCGAGGUGACGGCCUGCUGCAUCCCCCACUGCUGCCUCGACUCCACAGUCAGCCUUUCUCCCCGGGCCCUAUGCUGGGGCCCCUGUCCUCCCUGGGGGGGAUAAGGGGCUUCCUGGGGCACACGCCGGUAUGGCCAGCGGGUUUAGGCCCCACAGGUGCGGCUGCCCUGGUGUGGGGCUUCCAGCAGAGCGGCAGGGACUUCAGCGGCCCUGGACUGCUGGGAGGAUACCACGGCCCUGCAGGUCAGGGCGGAGCCAGGUACAGAGGGGGGCAGCGAGGAGGGGGCUUCAAUGGGAUGUAGACGGCAGGUUUGACUACACCAGCUGAUCGAACCGCAGCUCAGGUAGAAAACCAAAAACAUCCCGAAAACUACCAGGUGCUACAGAGGAGCGAAGGCGUGUCGCCACUCUGCACGCUGCUGCCACACUUCACGAGCUACCACCACCACCACCACCACCAGGAGGAGGCUCAGCGCCGGUCCAGCACCGUCCUGCAGCACUCUGUGCUUUUCUUGCCUUUUUUUAUUUUUUAUUUUUUUGGACAGCGACAGACACAGAUGCCAGAACAGACUGUGUGUUUAAAAAAAUAAAACUCGAUUCAAACCAGCUGAACGUGACGCUGCUCAUUAGCAACUUUAAUUCAAACAAAAAACACUGACGGCAGGCUGCUGUAAAAUAACAAGAUUUACUUUAAUUCACACACGGAGAGGCGUCUUCCAUUGAUGUUUAAAAAAAAAAAUAAAUCCGUCAAUGUAAUUCACUCCUCUGUGUGUGAGCUCAGUCUGUACCAGAAGGUCGUUUUUGCAUCAUCCUGCUUACAAAUGACAAUGAAAACCAGAAUAAGAAGUGAACCUGGUGUGGUCUGCAGAGUGUGGAGUCAAAAACAAAUGUAGAAGAAAUGUAUGCACCUUCAACAACGAUGAAGCUUUGAACUUUUGAACAUAUGUGACAUAAAAACAACCACCUGAGAACGACAGACAGAAGGCUUUGUGAUGUCCGGCUGAAUGACGGGGCUCAGUUCAGGAGCCUCUUUGUUUCCAGGAUGACUGGACUCUGCUCUGAGACAGAGCUUUGACUCAAAUGUAAAACCAGUGGAAUCCCAACUCCCAGCUUCCUGUAACGCACCCCCACUUUGACGGUUCUGAUGCAGCUUGUGACUGACGGCCAAACGGGACAUAAAAGAUUUUUUUAGACACAAGAGAAAUUUUACUAGCAAUGGAUUGAUCCUUGAGGAUGUUGUCUCCACCAAGGAAACAAGAGCUGCUUCUUUGUGAAAACUGAUACCGUGGAAGAACUAAAAACAGAAGGUCUGUAAUGGAAGCAGACAGACAGACAGACAGACGGCCUUACACGUCUUCCAGCUGUUUAUAUCUUGUAAAAAAUGAAACGGUUUUUGUACUGAAUGUGUGGUUUCCCACUCCACAACUGUUUGUGUUUAGUUGCUGUUGUAUGUUGGAAAAGAUUCUGUAACAGACUGGUUUUAACUUAAAUCUCAUUUUUAUCUUGUUUUUUGUUGUUUUUUUUUUUACAUAAGGUUUUUUUUGUAAUAAAUCUGCCUGCAGAAACCAGUGA